GAGUUGCGUAAUCAUUUCUCAUCGGAGGCCCGUGGGAUUGACUCGGGACUUCCUGAAACUGCGCUUCUUUCACUUUUAAUUUAUUUACAGUUACUUAAGUUAUCAUUUAAUCAGCAAUGAGAGAAAGAGACAGAAACAGAGAGUGUGUAAUUAAAUCUACUGUCCUAUGAAGUUUUCAGGAUCAAAGCUAUGGCUGAACUAGGUGCCUCUAGCAAUAUAACAGAAGCGGAAGACGCUGCACGAUUGCUGAGCGAUGCCAUCAACUCGAGAGAUAAAGAGGAGGCAACCAAAUGCCUGGACCAACUUUUUAAUAUGAAACUCCCUGUAUGUGUUAAAAUAAGUCCAGAAGCGUACUCGCAAGAUGUCAUCAGGUUGAGAGUAGGUGUGGCGGAUGUCAUGUCAGAUGCCUACAGCCCAAUAACAAUAAUGGUACCUGUUUACAUGACAAUAUCAGAGCUGAAAGAAAAGAUCAAUCAGGACUAUGGAUUUCACCCGGCUGUUCAACGCUGGGUGAUCGGGAAGCGUCUCGCCCAGGACAAAGAGACCCUGUUUCAUUAUGGGGUCAGAAACCAUGAUGACUCGGCCUUCUUGUUCAUCCUUACGGCCCGGGCCACCCAUCUGAGCCACAAGCAGGAAAGAAAAGAGAAACAGGAUAAACGGAUGGAUGGUAUUAUUGAAAACAUGGAGAUCAUGGACCCACGCCUGCCGGUUCUGGUCGCCAAAGGAAAUGCUCUUCUUCAGCCUCCUCUUCCUCCCAAACCUCAGCCAGGUUGGUCAUGUUCAGAGUGCACGUUCCUGAAUAAACCAACGCGCCCUGGAUGUGAGAUGUGCAGCACAGCGAGACCUGAGAACUACAAAGUACCAGAUCUGUACCAGCCAGAUGAGGAAGAACAUCGAAGACUUCAACAGGAGGAACUCGCCAGUAUGCAUUACGAGCAGUCUCUUUUGGAAGAACAGAAGAGGAAUUUCCAAGAACUCUUGGAAAUGGAUUCCCACAGCCUGGUGGAGAAUGCGGGUAAAUUGGAUUGCGCAAUCUGCUUUUGCACCAUCAUGCCAGGAGAGGGUGCUGUUCUAAGAGAGUGUCUGCAUAGCUUCUGCAGAGAAUGUCUCAAAGGAACUGUUCUGAACUGCACAGAUGCCGAAGUGUCGUGCCCAUUUGUAGAUCAGGAGUAUUCCUGUAACUGCAAACUUCAAGACAGAGAAAUCAAAACGCUUCUCACUCAGGAAGAGUAUCUGAAGUUUCUAGAACUGAGGCUGAGCAUUGCAGAAUCCCGCACUGAGAACAGCUACCACUGCAAGACACCCGACUGUCCCGGCUGGUGCAUCUUCGAAGAUGACGUGAACGAGUUUACAUGUAAUAAUUGCAACGAGACAAACUGUCUCCUCUGCAAGGCUAUUCAUAAGGGAAUGAACUGCAAAGAAUAUCAGGACGACCUUCAUUUAAGAGCGCAGAAUGAUGACGCAGCCCGACAAACCACAGAGGUGCUUGAGCAACUCUUGAAGAACGGCGAGGCAAUGGAGUGUCCCAAAUGUAAAGUGAUUGUUCAGAAAAAAGACGGCUGUGACUGGAUCUGUUGUCUAAUGUGUAAGACAGAGAUCUGCUGGGUGACCAAACAGGCUCGAUGGGGACCAAAGGGUGCUGGAGACACAUCGGGUGGCUGCAGAUGUCGAGUCACUGGAGUCCUCUGCCAUCCACAAUGCCAGAACUGUCACUGAUCGCUUAACGCUGCUUCUUCAACAUAAAAAACUACGCUACAUCAGCACAACACUUUCUCAAACACACAGUUUGUAAUUGUUGUUGCGAAGCUUUAAAAUGUUCACUUUCUCUAGUUACAUCAGUUUGGCCCAUUAAUCAGGAAUACUUUUCUUGAGAGGGUUCAGGUUUUUGUUAAAACUAGACCUUUGACCCAAAACAGAUGUAAAGUUAACUGUAAAAUUGAUUUCCGACUAAUAAAUAAAAGUGAAUGCCAUCAGGAGAACAGGGUUUGGAAAUGAUUGAGCUAUAUUAGAAAGAACAAUUGAAAAGGCUCCAGUUUCAAAUCCUUAACUGUGACCUCUGAAUGUGCCAAAGUGUUUACAUAAAUUGCACUAUCUGAGCUUAUUUUGAAGUAUACACCACAUUAUUAAAAGAUGCAUUAAACUGAUAAGUCUUAAAUAACUACCAUUUCCCUUUAAAAUGUCAAACUAGGAAUUGUAAAAUGAUGGAUAAUGUACUAAGAAUUGUGCAUUACCAGUAUAAUGACUGGACUGUGAAAUUAUUUCUCAAGACUCUGGAUACCUUGAUGUUUAUAUAAGGGAUUUUUGAUGUUUUGAAUCCCUAAAUUGAACCAUGAAGAAAAUAUAAAGAACAUGAUGAUGGUUAAUCUGAAUGCAGAAAAUGGAAUGGACUGUAAUCAACUCACAAAUCACACAAGUUAAAAUGAAAAAAGUAAAUAUAUUUUAAAACUACAAGAAUUGAAGUAUUUAUUUUUCUUUAAUUCUCAAAAUGUUGUCAAGAGGGUCCCUCUUAAACUCUUUACAAUAUCUUAUGAAGUUAAUGCACAUAAUUUUUUAAAUGCCUACAUAUAAUAAAGCUAUAUAAAUAAUCUCUUA